AUGCCGUCGCCGUCGCCACGUGGCGGGUAUGCCAGGGGGGGUGGCGGGAGGGGAUCGGCGAGUAGGCGGAGACAGCCGUCGGGGGACGAGAGUAUGGACAUGGGCGGGCAGGAAAGCGGGUACAGCUCAUCACGGAGCGCAUCGAGACGACAACCAAUGGAUGAGGACGAGCGGUUUUCCCGAACCAACAGCUUCGGCCAAGCCUCGCCCCGCGCCCGCACGCUCGAAGCUCGGCGCGGGCGGAAGCGGAAGCGCGAGCGGGGGGAGGAAAAUGUGCAGUAUUUCCGCGCGAAGACGAUCGCGGCAGUGGGGCGCGGGGCGGACAAUAGUAGGACCAUCUCGGGGAAGGAUGUUCCGCGGCAGCGACUGCCCAUGCUUCCGCCGCCCGGAGCUCCGCAAGUCGUGCAGUGUCAGUGGUGCUUCCAAACCCUAGCCGUGCCAAUAAACCUGCCCCCGCCGAAGAAAGGGCAGCAGAAGCUGCGGUGCGGCAAGUGCCUCAAGGUAUCGCGCUACGCGGUCUUCCUUCCGCCCACGGCGGAAGAGGACGAGGAGGCGGAAGAUCAGCCGCCGCCACUGCCUCCGCCGCAGCAGCAGCAGCAGCAGCAGCGGCGGCAGCAGCAGCGGCAGGGGGAGGAGGCGGAAGUGGCGGAAGAGGACGAGGAGCAACAGGCGCUGUCCGCGCGCGGAAGGUCCGCGUCAACGGGGACUUUUAGAACGCGGAGUUUCCAGGGCAAUGCGCAGCAGCAGGCGGGGGCGAUGGGCGCAGGGCGCGGAAGCAGCAGCGUCAGCAGGGGCACAGGGAAUAUUCCCAGACCCAUGGGGGGAGGGCGCGGGGGGAUGGGUGGCGGAGGCAUGGGCGGAGGCAUGGGCGGAGGGGCUAUGGGGCCAGGCGGCAUGGCGGGGAGAGGAGUGGGGAGCCCGAGAAUAGCGGGGAGAGGGGGAAUGGCGCGGGGGGACAUGGGGCCCGGGAGGGGCGGAGGCGGAGGGGGAGGUGGGCCCGCAGGGAGAGGAGGGAUGGGGGUGAUGGGACGGGGAGCGCAAAUGGGGCGGGGACGAGGGGGAAUGGUGGGGGGAAGGAGAGGUGUGGAAGAGGAGGAAGAAGAGGAAGAAGAAGAGGAGGAGGAAGAAGAAGAGGAGGAAGAAGAGGAGGAAGAGGAGGAAGAGGAGGAGGAAGAGGAGGAGGAGAGAGUAGGGAACGGUCAGGAGUAUCGGAGGAGAGUGGUGGUGAACAGUGUUCCAAUCCCGGAUCGCCAGGUGGCAGAAGCUGAGAGGCUGGCUGGCCCCAUCAAUCCGGGCACCUACUGGUACGACGUGGAUGCUGGCUUCUGGGGAGUGGUGGGUGGACCAUGCCUCGGCAUCAUCCCUGCGGGCAUACACCAACUCGCGGUGGGACCACUGCAAAGGCAGGCAUCAGGGGGGCGCACACGAGUGGUGGUGAACGGUAGGGAGCUGCACCGGCGGGAUCUGGACAUCCUCAUGCAGCGCGGGCUGGCAGAUGAGCCGGGGGUGGCAUACCUGCUGGACAUUGACGGGAAUUUGGGUUUUGGGCUGGGGGGUGGGUCUGAGAGGGAUCUGGACAUCCUCAUGCAGCGCGGGCUGGCAGACGAGCCGGGGGUGGCGUACCUGCUGGAUAUUGACGGGAACCUUGUUGAUGCUGCCACUGGGGAAGAUCUACCUCCUGGGCUUGGGAAGCUGGCUCCCUCGUGA